GAACAUUGAAGCCGAUGCAGAGCUGGGCAUGCCGCUGGAUCUGGUGGGAAUGCCGGGCGUGUUUGACGGAGACGAGCGAUCAAUCCAAGCAUCAUCACAGCCACCACCCGUCCACCCGCACGAUCGAGCCCUCCUCAGGCCCAUCGCCGCCCUGGGCAAGCCCAAGGUCCCCGAGGCAAACGUCUCCUUCCUCCGCCGAACGGAAUACAUCUCGUCCCUGAUGCCGAAGCGCCUCGAGGCGAACCACCCCAGAGCGCUGCUGGCCAAGAACCGGCGGCCGGCUAAGCGCCCGGAGGCCGCCGCCGACUCGCCGCAGGUCAUCAAGCGCAAGAUCGACAAGAGCUUCGAGAUCGCCGAGCAGGACCUCAAGGACCCCAAGCGCGUCAAGCACCCGUCCAAGAAGCACCUCAAGCUCGUCGACGCCGCGCCCCUGCUGCCGGACCUGGACGCGUUCCCCGACUCGGGCGCCUACGUCACCAUCAAGUUCCUCACGAACCCCGUCUCCAGCUCGAACGAGUACGACACGCGCCUGCGCAGCGGCCUGUUCCGGCCGAUAGACCGCACGGCGGCCGAGGAGGCCGCGCUCGAGGCCGCCAUGGAGGCCUACACCCAGGACCCCGUCAACAACCCGAAGCCGGCCAACCUGAUGAACUACGACUUCUACCUCGGCCAGACCCGCGCCGACGCCGACCGCUUCCGCCGCAAGUUCGACGUCGACGACCCCGGCCACGACGACGAGGACCUGUACACGCACAAGGGCGACGCCGGCGGCCACUUCCAGUUCAACAGGAUCCGCGCGUACGAAACCGCCCAGGAGACGGAGCUCGACCACCCGACCAAGUACGAGGACGAAAUCAUCCUGGCCGUCAACGACGACGACGCGUACCCCAAGCAAAAGGCCGUCUACUACUACCCCAUUAUGCAAAAGUCCACCAUCCGGCCCCAGCGCACCAAGAACAUUGCGCGCACAAACUACGGCCUGGCCGAGGACGACGAGGUGCAGGUCGUCGACCAACUCGAGCUCACCGUCGAGGAUCCCACCGAGGAGAUGCGCGGCGCCAUGAAGAUGUACGCCGAGCACCCCCUCGGCUGGGACCAGGAGGAG